UCCCCGCUCACCAUGAACACCGAGGAGCAGUAUUACGCCUCGGCGCAGCUCUACAAGGAGUCGUGUGCGUUUCAGAGAGCCCAGGCGCAGGAUUACAACCCCAGCCCCCCCGCCUGCCUGUACAUGGGCAGGCAGCAGCAGACUCCUUACCCCAGCGCCUUAAGUGCUCUCGAGCAAGGCAGCCCGCCAGACAUUUCACCUUACGAGGUGCCCCCCAUCACAGAGGAUGCCGGGGUCUCCCACCUUCAUCAUCACCAUCACCACCACCACCCUCAUCUACCUCCUCCUCACCAGGACGCGCUGCCUUUCGCAGACGGGGCGGACACGGGGGCGAUAGAGGAGCCCCGAGUGCAGGUGCCUUUCGCCUGGAUGAAGUCCACCAAAUCGCACGCCUGGAAGGGACAGUGGACCGGGGGAUCCUACGUGGUGGAACAGGAGGAGAACAAGCGGACGAGGACGGCGUACACCCGGGCGCAGCUGCUGGAGCUGGAGAAGGAGUUUCUCUUCAACAAGUACAUUUCCAGGCCGCGGCGGGUGGAGCUGGCCGUCAUGUUGAACUUGACCGAAAGGCACAUCAAGAUCUGGUUCCAGAACCGGCGGAUGAAGUGGAAGAAGGAAGAGGACAAAAAGCGAGGGGCGGGCAACAGCAAUGACCCCGAGCAAGACUGUGUGGUGUCCUCCGGGGAGCUGCAGGGCAAGGAGGAUCUCCAGUCGUGCCCCCCCGGGAACUUGUCCUCGGGGGCCGCCAGGGACCUGCUCGCCCCCAGCCUCGCCCCCAGAAGGCAGCAGGACACUCGGUGAGCCGCGGGGAGCCCCACGUCCCGGGCCGGGGAAGUGGAUGGGACCGGGGAGAGGGCCGAGAGGGUGGCACCGGCUCCCCGCCGCCGUGCCAUACCGUGGCCGACCCUCUCCGCCUUCCCCCGGCGACACUCGGUGCCACCACUCCGAAACUCCCGUCCUCCGAAAAUUAAAUGAAGGGUGUUCGGCUGUAGCAGAGACUCUCUGCGGGCCGUAGGGCCGGAGGAGGCCUCAGCGAGACGCCGGGAUGGCGGCGAGCCCGGCCCCACUCUCGCCGGGCACCCCGCGCCGCAGCGGACCCUCCGGGGCAGCUUCCCCCGGGGAAGGCGGAUCUAGGGCGGCCACCGACGGUGUGUGCAAUCCUGUGUGCACGGAGCGGCAUGGAAACCGGGGAAGAAGCGAGCGCACGCCGCCUUACCACAGACGGCUGCCCGGUCGGGACGUCGGUCCCGCCGUGCCCGGCGCUGCUCAAGCGCGGACGCGGAGCCGAGCAUCCCAGACCUUCCCGGGGCUGGCACCCCGUCGUCCCCAUCCCUUCCAGAGGCCCCGUGUCAUCGGCUCUACCGAGGACUACUUCCCCAGGACUAUUCCUUAUUUGGAAACUGGAACUUGUUUUGUUUCGUUUUCUUUUGCCUUUGGGGGGAAAAAAAAAAAAAAGAAAAAAAAAAGGGAAAAAAAAAAGCCCGUGCGUCCUGCGGGCAGAAUUUGUCUUCCCCAGUGACCGGCUCCCGAUGACCGGCACAGGUAGCCAGACACUCCUCCGGGCUCCCCCAGCGGCUCCACGGCCGUCGGGGCUCCGCGGCGGGUGGCGGGGGCUCCGCGGCGCGCAGGGUUACGCUCGCCUCCCGAAGGGGUGGGUGCAAGCCCGGGCAUGCGGCAGAAAAUCCGUGGGUGAUCCCUGGCCAGGGGGCAGAGGCAGAUCGGGCUGUGAGCCGAGAGCGGGACGUGUCCGACGGGAUAGAGCUGGUCCCAGGGACAUUUGCCUCUGGGGAAAAGCUUCUGCCUCUCUUCUCUCUCACAAGUUCGGACUCUGCGUCGGAGAGAAGAAACCUCCCUGCAGCACAAGCUCCCGGCCCAGCGUGCAGGAGGGCCUGGCUCCUCCGGGCUGAAGCGGGGCAAGAGCCCGGCCGGGCGCUUCCCUGCGGGGAGCCGGGCAGCGGAGGCUCCGCCGCCGAGCGUCCCGGACCCAUCCUGCCUUCUCUUCAGACGCUGCCCGUCUGUUGCCAGAAACAUCUUCCCCGUCGCCACAGGCAUUUUGUACAAGGGAAACGAGCUGUUCCAGUGACCGCCUAAAACAGCGUCGGAAAUUCAACUAAGUGAGGAAAAAAAAUCAAACCAAAACUGGAAACAGAAAGUAGCUGUUGGAAGGAAGCAGGAGCUGCCCGGGUUUGCUGUGGGUCAGGCGGAUUUACCUUCUCUCCUCGACGGAGUGGUUCAGGAUCUGCUCCCCCGCCCAGGCAGCAACAACCCCUCAAGCAUCCCUCGGGGACGGCCACAGUCCGCCCCGGGCUGCGGGGCCGGGAGUGCCGUGGGGGGAGGAGGAGAGCCUGUCCCACCCUGCCCAGAGGAUGUUCCCAGUCCCACGGCUGAAAGCGAGAGGGAGAGGAAGUAGCUUGCCACAGCUCUUUGGUUUUUUUUCCAUCUUACACGAGACCUAACAAUUAGGUGGAGACUUGAGCUGAAGGCGUAAUUCGUCUAUUGCAUUUCUUUUCUUUGGGGGCAUUAAGAUGUGUGUGCAAACAGGGACAUUUCUGGUCAUUUUUCCUGCAAGUUGCCUGAGAAAUUUAUCAUCCAAACCUGUAUAUCCUUAUUCAUCAAAACGCAGUCAAUGAGUGAGAACUUUACUAAUGAUUAUAUGAGCAAAAUUCAAAUAAAGCUGUUCUGCUUAAGAAGCAAAGCACCGCAUUAAUUGAAGUAACAUUUCUCAAACUUUGGGGGGUCAUAAAGCUAUUUUUAAACCUCAGCAUUGCUCAUCGCUAUUUAUUAGCAUCAACCUGUCACACAGUGGAACAACUUCCACGUACCUUUUACAAUGUCUGGCAUUGAAAUUGCAAUUUGGGAGCCACUAUAAAAAUAGAUCUAGCUGCAGAAAGGAUGUCUAUCACACCAAAUACUGCGACAAUCUGCUAAGAUUCAUACAGUGCAUUGCCCUGGGUAAACAGCAUACACAGUGGCUGAAAUUUUGCCUGUCCUUUCUCUAGUGUAACACAUUCAGUAUCGAUUUUCUCCAUGCAUGCUGUAAAAACAGAGAAGUUGCAGAAUUGAUAUGAAUUGUUUGACCACAGUGCCAAGGUAUUUUUAUGAGUGGAAGUAGAAUCAGACCUGCAUGGUUUAGUUUUAAUUAAUA